UAAAAAAAUUACAUAAAAUAUAUAUUUAUAUACGAAAUCGGCACUUUGUACAAUUACAUAUACAAUUCUUUUAAAUUUCACGAACCCUACGUCCCUUUUACAGAAUAAAUGGUUUUCAACAUAUUUGAACUCAUCAAUUUUUUUAAAAAACGUCUAGAUUACCAUACACCAAAACCCAUUACCAAAAGGGAUGAAGUGAAACAUUACUCAGUUAAUGAUAAAAAACACGAUUUGGAUCUUGAGAACUCAGCUACAUUUGAUUUAGCUAAUAUAUCCGAUACUGGCACAACCGCUUACUGUGAAGAUGAGCAUAAGAGACUCAUAUUUAAAUUCAAAACCGAAAAUAAUUAUUUUAUUCCAACAUUUGAAACAAUUCCAAUUGGCCAAGCAAUUGAAUUCGUGUUCCAUCCCGAACGGUUAACUGAGAUGAAGUGGAGAGACAAAAUAAUCGCAGCUACUGUUAGAGCCAAGAAUGAAGGUUAUACAUACAUGUGGUGUUCGCAACACCAUACACAAAAAGUUAUACCACAAAUGAAAAGCAUUAGUGUGGAAACUGUUGAAGAUUGUAAUUCAAAUAAAAGUACUGAGGAAAAGAAACCAUUUGAAGUAGUUACGAACCAGUCUGAAUUAGUACUCCAUUUUGGUUACUGUAAUAAUUACACAAAUUGCGACAUCAGCAGUUCUAGUCCUAGCACAAUGGUUUCAGUACAUAAGCCAAUAGCACCUAUUGAAACUUCAACUCUAACUCACAACACUUUUAGCGAAAACACUAGUUAUAAUGAUAACUCUAUAUCAACUACUGAUGUUUGCUACAAUAAUAAAAAUGGUGAAAUUAAUGAUGACACCUCAUAUGAUAAUUCAACAAAUUUAUCCCCAAUAAUUGCCAACAUUAGUAAUAUUGUAUCUGAGGAUGUAAAUGAGAAAAUGAAUGGCAAAGAAACUAUUUCAGAUAGUACCUGCAAGACACAAGUUAGUGACCUGAUUAACAAAAAAGUUAUUGGCCCAAAUUUAAAUAAUCAACAUGAUGUAGCAAAAGUCAGUUCAGACUCCAUUUCGAAUAAAAAUAAUUGUAUAUCUUCGAAUGACUCCAAAACUUCCUGUGAAAAUAGAAAUGAUAAUGAAUGCACUGCUUUAACAGAUAAUUUAUAUUCAAAUUGUGUGAAACUUUCCACAAAUUCUUUAGAAGAAAUUGAAGUGACAUCCUUAGAAGAAUCAGCUAUGAAAGAAUCACUUGAAGAGGAACCUACGCCAAAAGCCUCAGCUAUGGAAAAAUUAAUACUGUCCACGGAAGAAUCAAUAGAAAUAGUAACAUUUGAAAAAGAGCCAAGAAAAAAUAUUUUUAAAGAUACAGUUAAAGAUGUUUUCAUUAGAAAAACUCCACCUGAAUUAUGUAAUGAACCGGUUAUUGAAGCAUAUAAACCCAUAUCAAAGGAAUCAGCUGCUGCAGAUGUAGUUACCAUCGCCACAGCUAAACCUGUCAUUGAGACAUACGUACCUAUUUUGAAAGAAUUAACUAUUGGAGAAGAUGCAGUUAACAGUUUAGAAGCUGGACCUGUCAUUGAAACAUACAUGCCCACAUUGAAAGAAUCAGCAGUUGCAGAGGAAGCAGCUACCAUCCACACAGCUAAACCUGUCACUGAAACAUACACACCUACACUGACAGAAGCAACUAUUGCAGAAGAUGCACAUACCAUUUCGAAAGCUAAACCUGUUAUUGAAACAUACGUUCCCAUAUUGAAACAAACAACUUUUGUAAAAGAAUCAGUUACCAUCCCAACAAAAAAACAUAUUAUUGAAACAUACAUACCUAUACAGAAAGAAUCAACUAUUGCAAAAGAAUCAAUUAACAUUCCUACAAAAGAACCAGUCAUUGAAGCCAAUACCGACUCCUCAACUUUAACCGACAAUGCCACAGAAUUUGACUGCAUUAAAAAAGCUGUUAAAUUUAUUUCCAUUGAAAUAAAAAGUGCUAGAGUUCCCAACAAGUCCAAUAAAUCGUUUAGUCCCACUAUGGAAGCAGACAAGGAGAGUAAAGUUACUGCAGAUGACUCUGCUGAUGUUUUUAAGAAAGUUCCUAAAAACAUUAAAAAGGAGCUUGAGCGAAAAUGUCAAACAGCAAAAGAGUUGUCAAUUUUAAGAGCAAAUAUGAUGGAAUACUAUAACGCACUUGAACAGAAAGCUACAGAACAGGUGAAAUCUGAAGGGUUUCUAGAUUCGACUAGUGAAUUUUUACAUGCACUAAAUCUGAUAGACUUGGGUUUUCUAAGAAGUGGAGGUCUCACAGUGUUUCACGAUUCUGCACUUUGUACUGAAAUUGAUCGUAUUGUAAGUGCAUCUUGGAAGUCUUCGAAGAAUAAGGAUAAACGAAAAUAUAUUGAAUAGAAGGAAAUGGGUUGAUUUAAAUGCUAUUUUUAAAUAUAUUUCAUAUUUUUGAAA